AUGGGCAGAAAAGUCGGGACUUUGUUCAUCAACCCUAAGAAAUUCGGUAAUCUCCAAAAACCUUGCGCGAGAGAAAUGAUCUCGUUCUUGAACUGUCUGGCUUUGAGUCAACAAGGCAAUGACUCGAAAUGCACUCGACAAAAAUCCCUUUUGAGUACCUGCAUGGAUGCUCAGUCUAGCGGUAAAAGAAAGCCUUGGGGUAGCAUUAACUAUCACCUGCAGAGGCUGAGCAGGGGAAGAAAGUAG